UGCCACCCUCACCCAGAGAGGCUCCAACACAUCAAACCCACCAGCUUUUUCCAACCCCUCCUCUAAUUAUUCUUUCUUGGGUUUUUUUUUCUCUUAAUUUGUUCUUUCAUUCAUUCAAUUUCUUUUGGAUUUUUGUUCUUCCAAUUUGAGGUAAUACUACUCCGAGUAUUUGUUGUUGGGUAGCAGGGUAAUUUUGUGGGGGAGAAGAUAUUUAGGGCUCUUUCUGGUCCGGGUGUUUACUGUGAAUUACUUAUAUUUGAAGAGAGAGAAACCAGGGAAUAUCUCCAUUUUGCUCGAUCGAUUUGAGGGUUGUGUAUCAGAGGCAUUUUGGGUGGAUUUGGAGUUUGUCUGUGGAUUCAGAGCUGAAAUUGUGUGAUAUAUAGGAAGAUAUAUAUAUAUAGAGAGAGAGAGAGGGGUUAGUGAUAGAGAGAGAUGUGGAAUAUAACGAGAUUUGGAGAGAAAGUGUACAAUAUGAUGGCGGAAGAGGGAUCUCAUUACUGUUCGAAGAAGACCGAUGAUUUCUGCGGUGAUGCUUGCGACGGGGAGUCCUACCGAGCUUUGAGCAUGACAAGGUUACGCUGUAUUCUGCGUGGACUGGAUUUCAAAACGUAUGUCUUUUUGGUCAUUUUGGUUCCAACCUGUGUCCUCGGUAUAUACUUGCAUGGACAGAAGAUCUCAUACUUUUUGCGGCCAUUGUGGGAAUCACCACCUAAACCUUUCCAUGAAAUCCCACACUUUUAUCAUGAAAAUGUAUCAAUGGAGAAUCUCUGCAGGCUUCAUGGAUGGGGUAUCCGUGAGAGCCCAAGGCGUGUCUUUGAUGCAGUGUUGUUCAGUAAUGAGGUGGAGAUCCUUACCAUGAGAUGGAAGGAAUUGUACCCUUAUGUAACAGAGUUCGUUCUCCUCGAGUCAAAUUCAACUUUUACUGGAUUGCCAAAACCUUUGGUAUUUACCAGCCAUCGAGAUCAGUUUAAAUUUGUUGAGUCACGAUUAACUUAUGGGAAAAUUCCUGGGAGAUUUAGGAAAGGAGAAAACCCCUUUAUUGAGGAGGCGUAUCAGCGACUGGCUCUGGACUAUCUGCUCAAACAAGCAGGGAUUCAAGAUGAUGACUUGUUGAUAAUGUCGGAUGUUGAUGAGAUACCAAGUAGACACACUAUCAAUCUCUUGAGAUGGUGUGAUGACAUACCUCCCAUCCUUCAUCUUCGGCUGAAGAAUUAUCUGUAUUCAUUUGAAUUUCUUGUGGAUAACAAUAGCUGGAGAGCUUCAGUCCACAGAUAUCAGUCUGGCAAGACAAGAUAUGCACAUUAUCGCCAAUCUGAUGACAUCUUGGCAGAUGCAGGGUGGCAUUGCAGCUUUUGCUUCCGCCGUAUCAGUGAGUUUAUAUUCAAGAUGAAAGCUUAUAGCCAUUUCGACAGAGUGAGGUUCUCUCAUUUUUUGAAUCCCAAGAGGGUUCAAAAGGUAAUCUGCAAAGGGGCUGACCUAUUUGAUAUGCUGCCUGAAGAGUAUACCUUCAAAGAAAUCAUCGGGAAAAUGGGACCCAUUCCCCAUUCCUACUCAGCUGUUCAUCUUCCGUCAUAUCUUUUGGAAAAUGCUGACAAGUAUAGUUUUCUCUUGCCAGGGAAUUGCUUAAGAGAAAGUGAGUGA